AUGAUGGACAGCACAGAAAAGGAGACGAGGUCUGACUCUUCGCCAGACGAGGGCGGCCUCGCUGGAGAGGAGACGCACCGGAAAGGGGGCCGCGUCGGGCGCGUGCUGAGUCGGAUCGCGUCGGAGCCGGCUGCGGAUCCCGGCCCUCCGCCUGACGGGGGAUACAAUGCUUGGAUGGCCGUACUGAGCGCGCACUUCAUUUUCAUGGAUACAUGGGGAUUCGUCAACUCAUUUGGCGUAUUCCAGACAUAUUACGUCCAAGAGCUAAAGAGAUCACCUUCGGAUAUCUCAUGGAUCGGGUCGUUCCAAGUCUUCCUCCUCUUGUUCAUUGGCGCCUUCUCGGGCCGCUUCACCGAUACCGGGUACUUCCGACACCUCUACUUCUCCGGCUGCUUCUUCAUCCUCCUCGGCAUCUUUGCGACCUCAUGGUGCACGCAGUACUGGCAAAUCUUCCUGUCGCACGGCGUCUGCGUCGGCCUGGGCUUCGGCCUGGUGUUUUGCCCCUCCCUGGCGACCCUGUCAACCUAUUUCGACAAGAAGAGGGCCAUCGCUAUCGGUAUGGCGGCCGUCGGAGGCGCCUCUGGCGGCUUGGUGUUCCCGAGCACGGUUCGACAGCUGCUGCCGCAAGUCGGGUUCCCCUGGGCCAUGCGCACGCUCGGCUUCAUCCAGCUGGCGACGCUGACUGUCGGGUCCAUUUUUCUGAAGCCGCGCAUCCCCCCGCGCAAGGCUAGCAAGAUGGUGGAUUUGGCGUCCUUCAAGGAACUCGAGUAUACGUUCUACACUGCCGGGGGAUUCUUUUCCUUUAUGGGGGCGUACUUUGCGUUCUACUACCUGGCUUCCUUCAGUCGGGACGAGCUCGACUUCGCGUACACGGAUUCGCUGAAUCUCUUACUGGUCCUGAACGGCACCGGCUUCAUCGGACGCCUGGGACCAAACUUUCUCGCCGACAAGAUCGGAACAAUCACCGUCUUCGCCCCCAUGGCGCUGAUCUCGGGACUCUUGACCUACUGCUGGAUCGCCGUCAAAUCACCGACGGGACUCUACGUCUGGACCGUCUUCUUCGGCAUCGCGGGAAACGCCAUCCAGGCUCUCUUCCCCGCUGGUGUCAGCGCUUUGACGACGGAUCCGAGCAAGCAGGGAACACGCAUCGGAAUGGUCUUUACCAUUGUUGCUUUUGCCGUGCUGACCGGGAACCCGAUUGCCGGCGCCAUCAUCUCUGGUACCGGCGGCCGCUACCUCGGCGCUCAGGCUUUUGCUGGUAGCUGCCUGAUGCUGGGGGCGUUCUUCUUAAGCUUGGCACGCAUCGUCAAGACGAAGAAGAUUGGAAAGGGCUGGUUUGUCAAGGUUUGA